AUGAAGGCAAUUGUUUGCGCGGUUGUCCUCAUGUUCUUGAAAUCGUUACUGUUAUCACAGUAUAAACUUGCUGCGGCAUUGAGCAACCAUACAGAAAGAUCAGCGUUGCUAGCAUUCAGAGAUCAAAUAACCAGUGAUCCUUCUGGUGUUCUAAAAGCAUGGAACAACUCCAUUGAUUUCUGCAAGUGGCAUGGAGUCACAUGUGGCCGCAAGCAUCCUGGGAGGGUUAUUGCUCUGGAUCUUGCUUCCGGGGGCAUGGCCGGUGCCAUCUCUCCUGCCGUUGGCAACCUAACAUUCUUACGGAAACUGCUGCUUAUGGAGAAUGGUUUCAAUGGUGAUAUCCCAAAAACCAUUGGCCACUUGCACCGUCUACAACACUUCAACAUGAGCUUUAAUUCACUCCACGGUUCCAUUCCCGCCAGUCUAGCCAACUGCUCGGAUCUCAGAGUCCUUGACUUCAGUGCAAACAAACUCACCGGGAUGAUUCCUGUCGAGCUCGGAUAUCUACCAAAGCUUGAUCAGUUGGUUCUCGACAAUAAUAGCUUUGUAAGUGUCCUUCCAUCUUCUCUCGGAAACCUUUCUUCUCUCACAAUACUUUCAAUAAAUUGUGGGCUAGGGAGUGGUUCAGCGUCUUAUUGCUUGCAUGGCAACAUCCCAGAGGAGCUGGGAAACCUUGCUAAACUUCGGUUAAUCGAUGUCUCCGGAAACAUGCUUUCUGGAACAAUGCCUCCAUCCUUGUUCAAUCUCUCAUUGCUCCAUACUUUGGCGGUUGCUGUUAAUCAGCUCCAUGGGAAGCUUCCACCAAGUAUAGGCACCACACUUCUACAUCUGGAAGCCUUUAAAUUGGCAGGUAACAGAUUCACUGGACCAAUUCCAGUGUCACUAUCUAAUGCCUCCAGCCUCUCUGUUGUUGAGCUUUCACAAAAUAAUUUCGGUGGCCAAAUUCCUCCUGAAAUUGGAAGAGCUGGAAACAUAUGGUACUUUAAUCUAGAAAUCAAUCAGCUCGAGGCAUAUGAUGCCGGUGAUUGGAUGUUCAUGGAUUCUCUGACAAACUGCAGCAGUUUGCAGAUGUGGGCUCUUGAUGAGAACAAGUUGGCAGGUGAAUUGCCAAGCUCCAUAGCCAACCUCUCCAUAGAGCUCCAGUAUAUAUACUUGGGAGGAAACCAUAUAUCAGGGUCACUACCUUCAGGGAUUCAAAACCUUGCUAAUCUUUAUACACUGGAUAUGACCCUUAACCAACUCACUGAAACCAUUCCAGAAGGCAUUGGAAAACUCCAGAAUCUACAGUUCUUGGGCCUUUCUAGCAAUAAGAUCAUAGGCCACAUCCCAGCCUCCCUUGGAAACCUUACUCAAUUGGCAUCUCUCUAUCUAGAUGACAAUGAUUUGGAAAGGUCCAAUCCCUUCAUCACUGGGGAGCAUCCAGAGACUGAAUGA